UUGAAGCAAACCCGUUGCUUUGACAACUCAGCGCGGCAUCAUGUUUUCAACACCUAUAGAUUUUAUCCAACUGUUUUAAUAAUUCGUGAAAUAAAGUCACAUAACAAUUAUAACAUAUCCAGUUGUUUUGUGUGUAGUGCCAUAAAUACAAUAUCUAACAUUAUUUUAAUUACAAUUUAGAAAUUUUAUUUUUGCUUGUGUAUAUAAAAAGGUACUACAAAAUGCAUGUACUUGUACGACAAGGAAUCGACAAGGCUCUCACGAUAUAUAUUGAUUCCAUUUUAAUCACUGUUGAAGAAUUUCGAAAAUUAAUUGAUGAGAAGUUCAAAGUAGCCCCCGAGAGACAGAGACUUUUAUUUCGAGGCAGAGAGCUAGAAGACGGUAAAAGAUUUCAUGAUUAUAAAAUAAAACAAAAUGACUUAAUCCAACUAGUCUCUCGGAUUUUGCAGUCCGAGUUACCUUCAGUUGCACCAGUUUGCACAAAUAAAGUUGUCGAAGAAAAACCAAAAGAUAAAUUUGAAGAUUCUUCUGACAGUAAAUAUUACCAUGUUGGUGAUUUGGUAGACGGUCAAGAUAUAACCCACGGUGCAUGGUUUGAAGGAGAAAUUGUUAGAAUUAAUUUAAAAGAUGAUGGGCUUCUAUACUUGGUCAAAUUUAAAGUGUCUUCAGAUGAUGAACCCAUGGAAUUAAAGUUGGCAUGUAUUAGACCUAGAGCACGCACAAAAUUAAAUAUAGAUGAUUUAAAACCUGGACAAAGGGUUAUGGUUAAUUAUAAUACAGACGAUAUCAAAGAAAGAGGCUAUUGGUAUGAUUUAGAAAUAUCAGACAUUAAAUCAGGAAGAAAAGUCAAACAUUUAAUUGGUACUUUAUACAUGGGACAUGAAAACGUUCGAGAAGAAGACUGUAAAGUCGUUCAGUUAGAAGACAUUUAUCAAGUUGAAACACACAAACUGUUAACAGACAGGACUGAUGCCGAUGAAAAGCUAAUGAAAACUGACACAGAAUUAAGGUACCUUGCUUUUUACUGCUUGAAAUGUCGUGAUGAUAAUUCUAAAGAUUGCAAAAAUUGCGGUUGCUCUGUUUGUUCAAAAAAAGAUAAUGCGGAUAACAUAAUUUUAUGUGAUGAGUGUGAUAAAGGAUAUCAUAUACAAUGUCUAACACCGCCCUUGGACAAACUACCAGAAGAAGAUAAUUGGUAUUGUCCUGAGUGCAAGACAGAUGUCAAUAGUAUUGUUAAAAGCGGUAGUACAACAAAACAACAAGUGCGGAAUGUAAAUACCUCCAAAGACUGGGGAAGAGGAAUGGCAUGUGCUGGUCGUACGACAACAUGUACCAUAGUACCACCUGAUCACUUUGGUGCUAUUCCAGGAGUUCCGGUUGGCACUUGCUGGAAAUACAGAAUUCAAGCAAGUGAAGCUGGUGUUCAUCGCCCACCGGUUUCAGGUAUACAUGGUAAAGCAACUAUAGGUGCUUUUAGCAUAGUUCUUGCAGCAGGUUAUGAAGACGAUAAGGAUGAUGGUCUAGAAUUCACUUACACUGGUUCUGGUGGUCGAGACCUCUCCGGAAAUAAACGCACAGCGGAACAAAAUCAUGAUCAAAAACUGACUAGGGAAAAUGAAGCUCUUGCUAAAAAUUGUAAUAUACCUUUAAACCAAAAAGGUGGUGAAGCUAAAGAUUGGAAAAAGGGGAAACCAGUAAGAGUAAUUCGUUCAGAAAAGUUAGUUAAACAUAAUCCAAAAUAUGCACCAAAAGAAGGCUUGAGGUAUGAUGGUAUAUACAAAGUUGUUAAAUACUGGCAGCAAACUGGGCAAUCUGGGUUCAAAGUUUGGAGAUAUUUACUAAAAAGAGAUGAUCCUGCACCAGCGCCAUGGGAGGAAAAUGGUGUUACGCUUCCAAUAAUAUAUCCAGACAACUAUUUGGAAGCACAGAACGAAAAACUAUCCAAGAAAAGAAAAGCUGAGGAUAGUUCAAGUAAAGCAACUAAAAAACAAAAAUCUGAUGAUGCUAAAUCAGAAUCUAGUCCUGUUGUUAUCCCUGAACAUAAGCUGACUCAAGAGCAGAACGAGAAAAUAUUAGAAGAUACAAUCAACAAAAAGUUAUGGGAUCUGUGUCUGGAGAAAUUGCCUGAAGGAGAAAAGAAAUUUGUUGACUGCGUUCAAUCUACAUUUGCUUGCAUCAUUUGUCAAGAAAUUUGUGUAAAACCAAUUACAACUCCAUGUUUGCACAAUAUGUGUUUGUCUUGUAUGAAAAGAUCUUUUGCUGCAGAGGUAUAUACUUGUCCAUAUUGCAGACAAGAUUUAACAAAAGAGUACAAAUUUAAGGUUAAUGAAGAAUUAUCAGCAAUUUUAAAAUGUUUACUACCUGGGUAUGAUGCCCGAUGAUAAA